AUGGAGGACCUCAGAUCCAUGCAUAUUGGCAUGGCUACCACACAACCUCGGCAUGGGAACCAACGGGAUGAAUGGGAGGAAUGGACAGACGAUGAACCUUCCACGCCCAAAGGAGAUGACUCUUUCACCCAAUUGGCAGCAUCCGGCUCUUCCCCUUCAUCGAAAACAACUAGCCACACGGCACCGCGAUUGUCAAAACCGAGGCAGUCGACCUUGAGAAUCCAAAGACUCAAGUCCCGCAAGCGACAAAAAGACCAGAAUGCCAAGGCAGGCAUCAGGCUGGUCACGGACAUGACAAGGUUCCGGAAAGGACCCCAUCAUGUUGCCCAGCUCGUGAAGCCUGUGCCUGGCCCUCACUCCAGUCAUGCGGCGACAGGCAAGUUUGCUGAUGCGAGCGCCUUGAGGGCUCUGGAAGGAUCGCCCAACUCAGCGUCGGUCGGGAACUGGGCGUGGCUCAGGAACAGCCCAUCUGCCAAAUCAGUCUCAUCGUUUACCCAGGCUACCACCCCUGACAGCAGCAAGAUAGUCAUUGGCAUAUCUCUGCCCGAGGAUGACGCCGCCGGAAAGGACAUCAGUCCCCAGACCGCCGUCGUCGCCACUCCCUUUGACAGACUGCCUCUGAACAAGCCCUCGACGAACCCCUUCUACAACCAGCAAGCCAAGUCGGCCUGGUCUCCCGACACCGAGGAUAGUCUUUCCCCGGCACGACAUCUACGUUCCAUGUCAAGCGUGUAUUCGCAGGCCACCGGUGUCACGCCAGGCCAGGCCGGCGUGCCCCCAGUACCAGCAUUGCCGUCCUCUCUGAAGAACCCAGUCAAGGCCAGACUGUCGAGGAAUGAUCUCGAUGAAGAAGACGAUAACUACACCCCAGUGACCUUAUUUGAGGAGGACGGCAACAAGACCCCAGCUUCCGCUGCCUCAAAGAUCUCCCCGGCACCAACCAGCGCACGGUCUGGCUGGUGGGACCAUCUUACUACGCCCUUCCGUGAACGCUUCAGCCCAACAUCAAAAUCCGACAAGGAGACUCAAAGUCCGGCUGGAGACGAAUGGUGGAAAGGCCAAGAUGAGAAGAAGACGAUCGGGGCUGCUCAUAUUGAGAAUCAUCCUGCCUCGAGCUCGUCGGCAUCUUCUGCGACGUUGCGACCGCAUCCAUCGCCGGUUCCCAUCAUCCGCGUCCCCACUCCGACGAUAGCAUCGUCAUCGUCGUCUGGCGCGUCGACUCGUGCCCCCAGCCAUGAAGGAGAGACCCGAUCCGAAAAGGCUCUGGUCAUGAUGGAAGAGGAGGGCUCACCGACAGAGCUGCCACCACCCUACGAGCGAACACCGUCCACCAAGCAGUCCCAGCCUGUCAGAUUCCGCGCCGUGUUUCCUCCCGGACAUGAGCUAACCAACGCCUACCCACCAUCGCCGCAGUCCGGCAGCCCCGGCCUUGACGGGACGAUGACCUCACAGGGAGGCAUCAAGCUCACCGACGUGCCACUGACGCCGGCAGUCGCCACAGACCCUGCGUUGCCCGACAGGGCAGCAGGCACCUAUGUGACUGGCGACCACUUCCUCGCCAACUACGGCAGCGACCCUGCCGCAAAGAUCGAGCGGACGAGGCGCAGGCAUGAGAAGGAGGAUUACGUCGCCCACAAGGCCGGAGGGUUCUGGAGGGGCCGUGGGUGCAUCCCUGAGAACGGGUGCUAUGGACGCUCGGGUCGCGAGGGCCGCCAGCGUAGGAGGAUCUGGAUCGGCGCCAUCUGCCUCGCGUUCCUACUGCUGACCACCCUCGGCGUCGUACUGGGCGUCGUGCUCUCACGCCGGGUGGCUCGUCCCGCGGCCGGCGGCAACACGACCACCGGUGGCUCCACCGGCGGCUCCGAGAUCGACACCGUCUGGCUCAACCUGACCGGUUUCCCACCCAUCCCCACCGGCCUGUCGACGAUUGUGGCCCCGGACAACUCGCAGAUUGUCAACGGGUGCGCCGCGCCCUCGACCCUGUGGAGCUGCUCGCUGCCUCCUGAGCAGCAUGCUGCGAAUGAGCCUCACGAUGCCGACCAGCCUGGAUUCAUCUUCCAGAUCCAAUACGACAACAACACCCGCCAGUUGUGGAACAUUCCCAACGGGACGCCCCCGACACCAACCCAGCCCACUGGCUCUACUACCUCCGGUGCGAGUGCUUCCAGCUCUGGCUCAGCCACCAGUACCGGGACCAGUGCCAGCGCCAGCGCCAGCGCCGCCAACAGCAUACAGGGGGGCGAUCUUGGCAGCCCCAGCGCGAACAACCUGGACAAACGCGCAACGACCCUGUACGAUAUCGGCAUCGCGCCAAACCCAGACCCCCCAUCCUUCCAGGAGAUGUGGUUCCUGGGAAACACGACGGACGGCAUCGUCUCGGACGACAAGGCUGGCGAGCCCACGCCCUUCUACAUCAGCUUCUUCACCAACACGAGCGGGUCCGCGGGGCCGAACAUGCUGACGACCCCCAACGGCGCCGGGGCCGGGGCCGAGACAGAAAGGCGCGGGAUAGGCAACGGCAUCGGCUCGGGCACGGACAGCUCGGGCAGCCUGUCGGACCUCCUGCCGGCCCCUCAGCUCAACGCAGACGGCACGGGGGCCCCCGCGCAGCUGCGGCCCUUCCCCUUCCAGCAGCCGCUGCGUCUUUUCGACCGCGGCCUCCCGACCGAGCACUACGGCUUCUACUCCCACUUCAACAAGACCAUCUACGUGACCUCCAUGGAUGGCAACGAGACGGGCGGCCCCGUGGCGGCAGACGCUGGCGGCGGGUCGCGCGAGGGGAGCGCCAAGUUCCUCGCGUCGUGGACGCAGACGCGCUUCGUCGUCAAGAUCUGGACGCGCAAGGGGGACUCGGCCGGGGGCGCCGCCAGGCUGAUGGGCGGGUCGGGCCGCCCGGCGGGCGACGUCGACGACCUCGCCGCCAUGCCCGGCACGUUCCCCUACCCCGUGACCGUGGGCGAGGACACGCACGGCGGCAGCGUCGAUCUCAAGGCCACCUUCGCGUACGGCGUCGAGCCCGACAGGCACGUCAACACGACCGACGCCACGCUGUUCACCAACGACGUCGGCUUCGGCGGGGCCGCCGUCAACCCGCGGCUGCCGGACGGAGACCUGAGCUGGGGAGGCGUGGACGGCGGCAGGGGGGGAUGCCGAUGUGAGUGGGUCAAUUGGGUGGAUGCUUGA